UUAUUUCGGUUCGCGAAAUAAUUGUACAAUUCAUAAAAAUUAAAUAUUAUAAAGUUUAUCGGACUGUUGAAGUGGAAUAUGAAUUUUAUUGUACAAUAAUGGCUGAAAACUAGUGCAUAAAGAAAAUAAAGCAAUCUAAUACAAAACGCACAGAACGAUAUUACAGAAAAAGCAGAUAAAUUUGCGAAUUGUGAAAGCAACAGACAGUGCUGAUAAACUUAAAAGCCAGAAAACGGCAAAUCAGAUUUUUGGAAAAUCUGCAAUUACGGCAAAUAAUUUUUGCAGAUUUGCAGCUGACGUCGGUAAUCAUAUUGCGGUGCGUGUUUACGGCAAAUGAUGGCCAAAAAUGGCGGCUAAACCACCGAAGCCGCCAGCUACUUUUUUGAAGCAAAGUAGUCACAAUAACAACGACGCCGACAACGAUAAUAACGGCAACAACAACAACAGUAAUCCUAGUACCUCGGCUGCCACUGCAGCAGCAACACCCACCACGCCUACCUCCGCCGCGACACACGCGACCAACGCUGAGACAUACAGCAAACUGGGCAUAAAGCGUUACAAUAGUCGCGAAAAUCUACUCAACAACAUCGCCAACGAUUACAACUACAACGAAAACGACACCGAAACGAAAGGCAAUAAUUUGGAAGGAGCAGUUGCCGCCGCACGUCACGCUUGCAACUGCACGAACAUAAGUAUUAUGCAUCUCUUUCAUGAGAUGAAGCAAGAGUUUCCGACCAUACCCGAUCCGAUUGUAGCGCAGUGUGUCAACGAUAAUUGCCAUCAACGUGAGAAUUGCAUACAGAUGUUGCGGAAUGAGUUGGCACUAAAUCCGAUACCAGUACAAACGUACCCAGCGAAAGUAUUGCAACAACAUCACAUCAACAAUCAGCAACACAACAAUCUGCAGCAACAAAAGCAGUUGCAACAACGACAAAAGAGUCCACAACAACCAGCGCAGACACCGCACACACCGCCACAACCACCGCAACGCCUUAAAAACGCAUCGCCGCAAAAACCCGCAACACCGUUACGUCCCAUACGCGCAGCGCCUACACAGCCGCCGUCUGCGGCGACGCUGCAGCGCGUACGUGCUGAAAUCAAAAAUAGUGUCGUUACACCUCAAGCCAAUUGUGAUAGUGUUGAGUUAGUGCAAAAUAGUAGCAAUUUAGCAAAAGAUGUUAAUAGUGUUCAAUUACCGUGCAAUAAUCAGUGUAACAAUAGCAACAACAAUAGUGCUGCCGGUGAUUCGCCCAAACAAGCGUGUGAUAUGCCCGUGACCGCGAACGCGAACGCGUCUGUUGAAUGCGCGCGCUCUGCCGACUUUAUAACGGCGCUCAAUCGAAUUGCCGCGAAUCAUCAGCCCUCGACGCCACAAUUGCCGGCCACCGGUGCGCGCGCACGUCCCAAUACGCUCAACUUGCAAGCAUCGCAGCAGCAACUGCAGCGCCAGCAGUUGAACAAACAACUGCAACAGCAUUUGCAGCAGCGCAGCCAAUUGAAACAACAACAACAGCCAGCGAGUGGCGUAGCCGCGGAUCCACCGCUACAGAAGCCGAUACGCAAAGCGCCGUUGCCGCCGAUCGCGCCAAAGCCAGUAUUUCACAAUAAUAUCAGCUACAACAACAACAACAGCAGCAACAACAACAACAAUAAUAGCGGUGGAAAUUCACCACAAUGGCAGAGCGUCGGCAGCUGCUCGAGCGAAUCGGCUUUGACGAGUCCGUUAAGCUCGUGCGGCGAAAGCGAAGUAUCUGCCAAUGCGGGAUGUUCGCCAUCACAAGCUUUUGCGCUCAGCCAUAUCAAUAACAAUCGGCAAAAUAAUAACAACAAUAACAACGUUGUUGCUUCCGCUUAUCAGCCACAGCAAACAUCACCGCUGCGUUCGCCUAUACGCCACCGCUCAGUUAUCACCGUACAGCCAGAGCCGCCAUACGCGCGCGACUUUCUACCGUCCGCAAAAAUUAGCACCGUCGCAAAUUCCACCGCCGGUGGUAGUGGUGGCAGUACGCCAACAAGUCAGAAAAGCUUCACCUCAGUCAAUUUGACAUUACGUCAACCGACCAACGCUGUACCACAAUCAACCAUAGACAUCUCUGCCGGUCCGGUGUUGAGCGGCAAUGGCAGUGGUCUGACCUAUUCCAGUACAUCGUAUAAUGCACGUCACGGUUUUCAGCAAAAUUUCCAUAUAACAGUCACCGAGGAAGGCGGUGUAUUUAAUGCCAGUCGCAUACGCCCACGUAAUAAUAGUGGUUACUACGCCAGCAUUGAGGGUGUGAACACAGCAGACGGACCAACGGGCGGCACGGGCCAAACAACGACUACGUCACAACAGCAGCAACAAACGCCUACGGCAAUAUUGCGUUCGCCAACAGCGCAAACAGCACAAUUUAUUGCGCCGCCAGCGCAACUAACAACGGCAAGCAGUGAGGACAUGUGUCUGCCAUUGGAGAAUAGUGCUUUCAUCGAGACCAUAAAGCGUCAGAAGGCGCGGCGUGACAAGUUGGCCUCGGCACUGCGGGAAAACAAAAAUAAGCUUGGCAAUGUCGAGGAAGAGGUCAAAAUGCUAACCGAACCCUUGAAUCCCGGCGAAUCUGAGAGACUGGAUUAUGAAAUAGAAAGAUUACGCACUGACUGUCAACAAACAUUGAAUGAAAUCGAAAAUAUCAGACGUUACGGUCAGCUAAGCGAAGACGAGCGACUGAAACAACAACAGCAGCAGCAGCAACAGCAACAACAACAAGCAUUCCCACGGUGGCAACGGCCACCACGACCGCCACCACCACAACAACAACCGCAAAGUCCCUACCAACAAUACCAGCCAACUGAAGUAGAUUUCCAGCAGCAACAAUACAACACGCCUGGCAGUGUCGGUAGCACCGCCGGCAUUGUUGGUGUUAUUGGUAGUGGACACAGUAGCGCUGUAGGCACACCCAACUCACCGCGCUUGCAGCAAACGCCACCAACGCAACGCGUGAACUAUGUCGGCCAACCGCAACCAUAUCAGCUGCCAUCAACCGACGAGGAGGACUACUCUGAUUCGAAUACCGAUGGCGGUGACGACUAUGAACCGCUCGAACGCUGGCCCUGCUCCAUGUGUACAUUCCUCAAUCAUCCACAGCUGAACAUAUGCGAGGCGUGCGAAUGUGUGCGCAUCAUACCCGAACCCAUUUUGAGUCGAGAGGAUAUACAUAUCACGCUAUCACCAGGCGAGAACAGAAUUGUGCAUUCGUGGGUCGUGUCAUGACAGUCACCGCGUAGGCCAUCAUAACCAUCACGUUUGUUGGUCUACUGAGGAUUAAUAGUACAACUGGCGGCAAAGUAAAUGCGACUGAUAUCUGUUUACAGUUUGGAAAAGACUCGCUCAUGUUGAAGCAGUUGCGCUGCAUAGUUCAACAGCAUUAGCAGAAACUCGUCAUUUUUGACUAGGCCGACGCUUGUUGCAUGGCAUAUUGGCACUAAAUAUCUUAAGGUUAUUUAAAAUGUGUCAUUGUUGACCGCUAAGUGCAGAACGGUAAUUGACUGCAGUGCAGGAAAUGUUAAUCGUCUAUUACCACUACUUUUUCAAUAUGCAGAGAUCGUGUCGGCUUUAUUUUGAAGUUAUGAACUACGGUAGAAAAGCUUUGUUUUAGCCGCAGCGGUCUUGCAUCUUCCGAUUCAAAUGUUUUACAGCUGUGAUGCCGAGAAAUGCCUCAUUUUGCGCCAUGAGGACUGUGUGCUUUAAGCGUUGCUUAUUUUAAUGCUGACAAAGAAUUGAAACUUCAGAACGAAUUAGCUUAUUAUAUUUUUUGUAAACUCACAAAAGUUACCCAAAUAAUGCAAAAUGCAUUGGCUAGCAAGUAUACAUACUUAAGUCGAGAAUUUUGUUUAGGUAUAUACAAAUGUUUGUCGUCGUAGCUGUAAUGCAAAGGUGCUUGAAACGCUUCGCUAAGUUUUCGACUGAAUGCUGUAAUAAAAAAAAAUAUUCAAGAAUUUUUUAAGUGCUGCUAAUAACACUAUG